AACAUUGAAAUUUUAAAAAGUAGAAAGAGAAAGUGAAAUCCGGAUUUCGGAGCGUCUCUCGCUCUCUCUCUCUCUCUUCUCUGCAACUCAACUUUGUCCUCUUCGGCUCUUCCCUACAAUACAAUGCAAUCCAUACCCAAAUGGCAUUAUUCACCGAUCUCCAACCUCAAGAGGAAAGAAAGAAAGAAAAAAGAGCAGCAUUUUUUGAGUAAGAUGUGAAGAUUCGGUGUGGUGGUUAUGGGGUCCAGCAGUAGCAAAGAUUCGUCAUCGUCGUCGUCGUUGGCGGUGCCUCCGGAGGCUUCGGUGCUUCGGAGGACGAGGUCAAAGGGAGCUAGGGUUUUCCAGGCUUCGUGUCUCGGCAGGUCGUUUGGACCUUAUGAUAGCGACAAUGACGAACAGGGUUCGCAUCACCGGAACAAAGAAAAUGGGAGGUUGAUUAAGGAAGCAUGUACAGACCAAACCACAAUGGAGUCUAAUCCAGUGGAUCAUGAGUUCUAUAGAAAGUUUAAAGCUCAACAACAACAGCCACCUAACGGAGUCCCUUGCAUCUCUUCUGAUAGUGAGCUUGAUGAAUGGGGUCAAGAGAUUGUCACUGAUACUGUUUCUAGAGCCGGUAGCAGCUCAAGCCGAGUUGCUUCAAGUCGAUCCUUGAAUUCUUCAAGUUGCUUCCGUUCCCGCUUUAAUUUCUUUCCUGGUAAUUUAAGCUUUAGACUGAGCAGAGCGGCUAGCUUGGGGUCAUCAAGGUCCUAUCCUCUUUUCUCCACAAGUCUAACAAUGUCAAACACUGAAGAAGGGUUUCACAUAAAUACUGGUCCCAGCAAUAGUUCAGUUAACAGAAAUGAAACUCGACAAGGGAGUGACUUGCUUACUGCAUGCAGCAUUAAUAGAUCUCCCACACCACACUAUGAAGAUAAUUCUGGUGUAUUAAGAUUAGACUCUUCAGCUUCCGGUCGUUCGGUUCAUUUGCAGGAUGAUGAAGUUGUUCCUACUCAAGAUGUGAUCAGAAAUAAUGACAAUACGGGAAUUCAGACUGAAGUGAAUUUGGUGUCUCCUAGGAACCGUACUGACUUUGAGAAUAUUGAAACUAGACCUCCUGAAAGGAGGAUUGGGGCUCGAGAACCUGUUGAAAGAAGUGUCCGGUUUAGCCGAACUUUAAGUGUUGGAAGACUUCGUGAUAGGGUUCUGCGGAGAUCCUCAUUAUCUGAUGGAUUGUUUGGCCGUCUGCAAGAAGAGAGGGUAGGGACAGAUUCUAGUCAGGGAAGUGGAAGACAGGUGUGGGGUGGUGCAACCAGAACAAUAUCAACUGACGGAAAUGUUGAAACAACAUCGACUUCAUCCACUAGUCUUCAAUCCAGUAUGUCAAGCUCUAGGCUCAGAAGCCAAGAUCGUGAGGUGGACAACUCGAGACCAAGAGAAGCUCGGUAUCACGAUAAUCUGGACCAUAGAACAGAUUUUCUUGAGAGGAGAAGAAGAAUAAGAUCACAGGUUCGCGCACUUCAGCGAUUGGGAAGCCGCUUUGAGAACUUAUCUGGACAUGAGAGGUCGUGUAUUCUGUCUGGACAACAUCGAACAGGACAUUGUUCAUGUAGAAUGAGCAAUCGGGCUGCUAAUCCUGAUGAUGACUCCAGUGCUAGAGCAAGCAUAUCAAGAAUUGUUAUGCUAGCAGAAGCUUUAUUUGAGGUUCUGGAUGAAAUUCACCAGCAAUCAGUGGUUUUGUCCUCCCGAUCUUCUGUGUCUUCCAUCGGAUCUGUUCCUGCACCAAAGGAAGUGGUGGAAUCCAUACCUGUGAAGAUAUACAUGAAAUCGCAAAAACAGCACAACGAAGAGGCUGCACAAUGUUAUAUAUGCCUUGUGGAGUAUGAGGAGGGAGAUUGCAUGCGGAUUUUGCCAUGUCACCAUGAAUUUCACAGCACAUGUAUAGAUAAGUGGCUUAAGGAGAUUCACAGGGUAUGUCCACUUUGUCGCGGUGAUGUCUGCAGAUCUGAUUCACAGCCUUUGCCUGUGGAUAAUUGAAGUGAUGGCAUGUGCCUAAUUUUUACCCAAGGCGUCUCAAGUUAUGGGGUUGGAGAAUAGAACCAGCCCAAAGUGAAAACUGGACCAAAACUAUCACUCCUUGAUAUGGUCCCUCAUCACACCUAAGGAGCUAAGAAAUUCCCAGUGGAGAGAGA